AAAAAUAUACUUUUUGAGAUAUGUUUAAAAAUAUCUUAAUCUCUUAAUUUGUUUUAGCCAGUUUUAUUGUCAGCUUUAUUCCUCACCUCUAGUAAAAUAUCGAUUACUUUACUCUUGCGAAUUAAAAAUACUAUCGAAAGUGCCAUUACUAUUAUUGAAACCCUUCUACCAGGCGUGCAAAAAACAUUUAAAACAUAAAAGUAGUCCUUUUUCUGAUGUGUGGCGCUUUUCCAGGAUCAUGUAUGGAUACUAGGACGGGCCACAUCCAUCGAACGAGCUAUGACGGAGAACACAGAGAAAGUAGCAAGCGUGGAGCAGCCGCAACUUGCGGACCUUAAGCCGAAUCCCCCGGACCAGGAGCAAUUUGCCUUAGCCGAAGUGCUGCCAUUUAAGGUAAAGAGCGAGCGACCAGACGCAGAAGUUGAGGCUAAACUACGGGCACUAAAUGCCAAAAUCAAGGCCGAAACGUUAGCUCUGCAGCAGAAGAGCAACAGCAAAGAACAGGGCGAUGAAACUGAGGAUAGCGAGAGCUCUUCAGAGGAAGACGAAAAGAAAGCCAUUGAGCCGGUGAAGUCUUCGAACGAGAUCCUAGCCGAGCUAUUUGGCGUGUUUAACGCCGCUCCUCCAGAAAAACUGCUAAAUGAUAAGAAUCUCUUAAAAAAAAAGAAGGUCAAAAAGGAAAAAAAGGAAAAGAAGGCCAAAAAAAAGAAGUCGACAAAAUCAGAUGGAGAAUGCAGCGAAUCGGAGGGGGAAGCCAAGCACAAGCAUAAGCGCAAGAAGCACAAGCACAAACACAAAGAUGGUAAAGUAAAAGAUAAGGAGAAGGAUCGGGACAGGGAUAGGGAAAAAUCUAAGGAGAAGGCUGGGGUGCAACCUGUUCCCGUAGAGAAAGAGAAAGACAAGUCUGAAUGCAGAAAACGACGCUCUGCGGAGGCUGUUAACCAGGCGGAAUCCUACCAAGGAAAGCGGGAACGGCUAGAAAAGGAUAAGGAGCGUGAUCGUGAACGUGAAAGGGAGCGGGAAAAAGAACGUGAUAAGGAGCGAGACCGUUCCCACAACAGCUUCUACAACGGACACCGGGAAGCGGAUCGCUUAAGAGGAUCUGAAGCCGCUAAGACCAAGUCACGACCGGCACACGACCUCUCCGAUGUCUCGCUCUCCGACGAGGAGUCAUAUCUUCGAGAAAAGGCUUCCAAUGGUCACCGAAGGCCGCACAAUAGCUUUUUCGAUGGUAAGGAUGAGCACAAAGUGUCACCCAAGCGAAACACACGUGAAUCUAACUCCAGAAGGAGUCGAAGGACCAGAUCGCGAUCUAGAGAGCUCGGAAUCGAUAAGAAGCGCCUGCUUGAGAUUGCGAGAAAGAAUGCCAUAAACAUGUUCAAGCGAGGAAACCUUCCGGGUGUGGCCAACAUGACGCCGGAGAUAAAGGACAAGGUACUAGUCAAAAUGCGCUAUGGUGGACGAACUGUUCAGGAUCUGACCGACUUUUGCAAGAAGAUAUCCAACGGUGACGGAUUAUCUGAUUUGAGUUCCGAAGAGGAUUCCGAUGUAGACAAAAAUGGCAAUGCAAAGGCCUUUCAUCAUCCCUUUCAGUUAAAGGAACGGGAGCCUAUUGUGAUGCACAUACGGAAUUCGACGGCACUGGUUCCAGCAACACCCCGCCACGACGACCAAACGAAAGCCAUAACCAUGCAGUUCCCGGUAUCCUCAGGACAAACUCAUCGUAAUAAUGAGGUUUGGGUACCGGUGGAACGAAAGGAUUCCCUGGUACCGCUGCCCUCCCUGCCGCCCGCUAAACAGGCUACCAAUAUGUUCAAGGAAAUUCCGAAGAACGUCUUCGCCAAGUCGAUGCCUUUGCAGGUGCAGCAGGAGCCCGCUUUUAAGUCAGUAGAUGGAGUGUCCCUAGUCCCAGCUGCAACAGCAUCUCACACUGUUCCUCAAUCCGUCCCGCUGUCCGCAUUGAAAGACCCCGCUCCUCCGUUGGCUGUCGCUCCUUUCGUUCCCGAGGUGCCCAUCCCAUCAACAUCGCCAAUGUCGCCGGCGCAAGGUACUUCCAUUUUUCAGAAUGUGACGCCGCCCUCCAUGGACGUCUCCACCAUAAUCACGCAGCGUCUUAGUGCCAUACGCCGCCUGCAGGACAAUCCGGCUGAUUCUGAGGCUUUGUCAAUGAUGUACAAUGCCCAACGCAACAUGUCGACGUGGGCCAACUCUAAGCAUCUGCCUGGCCAGUUUACAGGAAGCACAGGUGCACAGGUGAUGAAAGCCCACGAGCUGAACAGUGGGCCCCAGUUAUGGGUGCGCAAAGACCAAAUGACCUCCACCAAACCGGUGACUGGUGGAAUGGGAAUGACAUUGCUGCAGAAGAUGGGCUGGAAACCGGGCGAGGGAUUGGGCAGAUGUAAAACCGGAUCUCUGCAGCCCCUCCUACUCGACGUGAAACUGGACAAGCGCGGCCUGGUGUCGCGCGAGGACCUGAAGCCGCUGCCAUCGCGUCAAUCGGCCGCCCAAAGAAGGAACAAGAUCGCAACCGGCCCAGUCGGUGGUGGGGGACUUGCUGGCUCAGGUGUGGUACCUGGACCGGGACCAGGUACGGCAAUCCCACUGAUCACCCAGGAUAAGCAUCCUGUGUGUGUGCUCAACGAACUGACCUCAAAGAACAAAUGGACGCCACCACAGUACAAGCUACGUCAGGACACCGGUCCCGCUCACAACCGCUCCUUCCUUUUCUCUGUUGAGAUCAACGGGCAAACCUACACUCCUGAUCGAGGAUGCAACAACAAAAAGGAGGCUAAGCUAAACGCGGCCACGUUAUGUUUGCGAUCAUUAGGCAUCCUUCCUCCCAGUUAGGGACGGUACUAGGUCUAGGCUAAUUUAUAGUUAGUAUAUAGAACAUUUUUCCCAAACUGUACAUACAGGUAGCCCUAGGUCUAAAUUUAAAUGUGUUGUUCGUUUGCAUUGGGAGAUAAGUAAAUAUAUUUCUUAUUUUUUGUAAAAUUUACAAGAAUUUGAGGAAAAUGGAAAA